AUGACUGUUGUUCUGUCCGAUUCUCCAGCCGCUCUGGAGAGCAGCCUGUCCCCUGCUGAGCUGGUCCCCUUUCAGGGAUGCGUCAUCCCCCCGCUCACCCCUCAGCAUGUCUCCUCUCCGGAAAACGACGACGUCGUCCUGCUUCCCAAUCCUUCCUGCGCACAUGACCAGGAUGGGGAACUUUGGACAGGCUUCAGCUCAUGUCAAGCCAGGACGGGACAUGCCGUGGAGGCCAAUCUCCAGCAGGUGCAUGAGACUUUGCAGCACACAAGUGAGCCAUCUGAGGAGGGAAGCCUUCACCUGAGGCAGCUUGCGUGCCGAGCAAAGCUCCUGGCAUCCGUGCUGGAGAAAUUAAUGGCAGACAGAAAGGUAGAUACCAGCCAAGCGGCGAGGCCUUAUGGCGCUAAAUCCAGCAGUCCCUGCAAGAGGCAGCGACUGGACGACGGCUGCCAGUCACCCGACUCGGUGGAGGAGAUCUUGAGAGACGUGGGCACGCGCUGCCACGCCGUGCUGUGCGCCGAAGCGCCGCGACGGGACACGGACGCUAUCCCCGUGUACGGGUCAUUCUCGGGCCUGCAGACCUCCAUAUGCAAAGACAGCAGCAGCAGCAGCAGCAGCGAAGCGGACACGUGGUCUUUUCGCACCACCGUCAAAGAGCACGGCACCAUAAGGACACGCGUGUUCCCUCACGGCCGAGCCUUCACCUCGGGCACCCGACACGGAGGAUACCGCUUCCGCUGGGUUCCCGACAACAACUGAGAGUGUGGGUGGGCUGAUACUGUUAAUGCCUAACUUGUAAUCUGCGGCGAUAUCGGCAAAUGAUUACAUGAUGUCUUCCUCCCUCCCUCCCUCAGGUAGCUUGUAAGCUCAUGGGUCAGAGGACACAAAACUGCCUGCCUGCCUGCCUGCCUGCCUGCCUGCC